ACCUGUCGGGGUGCAACCACCGGGUGAUCUCUGGGAACGCGUGUAGGCACACCAAGGAACGUUCUAUGUGCUAUUUAGGAAUAUAUUACACUAUAUAACCGGAUUUUAUUUAUUGGACUUCAACCUUCUGAAAUAUUAAAUCCGUUGUAAACAGUCCAAUAUAUUUCCCAGGAUAGUGCGUAAAAUUGCUUAAUUGAGUCUGUGCGUAUAAGGUCAGUGAGAUCUGUAAGAUCGGUGCGUUCGGCUUUCAGCGCUAUUUAGCGCGAUUCUGCAACUUUAGCCGUGAACAGUGUGGACAUGAUGCGCUCCCCUAUUUGCCCUUCGUGAUUCUAACCGUUGUCCCAUCGCAUUUUAGAGCCUCCAGGACGACGUGGUUCCACAGAAGAGCCACCGGAGCCGGACUUUUUCUUCUGGCGCACAAGCUUGACUUUAACGUAUUCUUUCAGAUAAGAGAAUCUCUCCACAGAAGGUCGCGUGCUUAGAGAGUUGGUGUUCCGUUUGGGUUUGAUUAAAUGGACUCAACGACAGCUGUCGGUGUUCCCAGCCCAAGUGGAUGUACAAGAUGCAUCACUGGCACCUUCAUGAUGCGCUGCUGGGAGCUCUGAGGACUCUGCGGCUGCCUCGUGCUGCUUCGCUGUGAUCUUUGAAAAGAACCACUCUUUCUACAGGCUGCAUCUAUAUCGAAUCGCAAUGUUUUUAAUAACUUUUUACAUCAUGCUGUCUGCCCUGGAUUCAGUAUCCCCGUUGAAGGGUGACAGAACCACUUCACUACGACCCGGUCGCCUAGACUGCGUAAAGGCCAGUGAACAGUGUUUGAAAGAUCCGUCUUGCAGUCCUAAGUACCGGACCAUGAGACAGUGUGUGGCGGGGAGGGAGAGCAACUUCACGGUCACUGGUCCGGAGGCGCAGGGCGAGUGUCGAAACGCAAUAGAGGCCAUGAAACAGAGUCCGCUGUACAACUGCAGGUGUAGGCGCGGGAUGAAGAAGGAGAAAAACUGCCUGAGGAUCUUCUGGGGAAUAUUUCAGAGUUUACAGGGUAAUGACCUGCUGGAGGACUCCCCCUACGAAGCAGUCAGCAGCAGACUGUCAGACAUCCUACGCCUUGCUCCCAUCCUGGCUGGCGAACCAACACCAAGCAAGGAGAAUAACUGUCUUAACGCGGCCAAGGCCUGCAACCUGAACGACACAUGUAAGAAGUACCGCUCCACCUACAUCAGCCCCUGCACCAGCCGCGUGUCUGCCGCCGAGGUCUGCAACAAGAGGAAGUGCCACAAAGCCCUGCGCCAGUUCUUCGACAAGGUGCCUGCGAAGCACAGCUAUGGGAUGCUGUUCUGCUCAUGUCCUGCAGGAGACCAGGCAGCCUGCACAGAGCGCCGCAGGCAGACCAUAGUCCCCAUCUGUUCCUACGAGGACAGAGAUAAGCCCAACUGCCUGUCCCUCCAGUCCUCCUGCAGGGCCAACUACAUCUGCAGAUCUCGGCUGGCAGACUUCUUGGCGGCCUGCCAGCCAGAGCCCCGCUCCGUGUCUGGCUGUCUGAAAGACAGCUACGCUGGCUGUCUGCUGGCGUACUCUGGCCUGAUCGGCACAGUGAUGACCCCUAACUACCUGCGGGCCGCCAGCCUGCAGGUGUCCCCCUGGUGUGACUGUGGAGGUAGUGGAAACGGGAAGCCUGAGUGUGACAAGUUCCUGGAGGUCUUCACUGACAACCGUUGCCUUCGUAACUCCAUCCAGGCGUUUGGUAACGGUACAGAUGUGGGGGUUUGGCAGCCCCAGGCCCCCCUGUGGCCCUCGUCCCCCGGCCCCGCCCCGGCACCGGACCCCCCCACACACCCCAACCACCUAGACAUGCAGGGAGACUCGCUCUACCACUUCUGUGGAAGCCUGCAGGCCCAGAAACUGAAGUCAAACCAGAGUCUGAACAUGGCCGUGUGUGUGGACCAGCUGGAUGCUGCAGGCUCCUCCAACGCCGAUGCUCGCAGCUCCUCCUCCCGCCCGGACGAUGCCCGUCCAAUUAGCAUGCUGCUGGAUGUGGCUUGGGGCCUGGUGUCCAUAGCAACGGUUCUGCUGGGUCGCCAGGUCUGGUAGAUGCGGAGGACGGGCGAAGAGGUGGAGAGGAGGAGAGUGAGAUGAAGAGGAAGAGAGGUAGAGAGUGAGAUGGAGAGGUGGAGAGUG